AUGUCGGCUCAGGUUCCGACCAGAUUAUCAACCGACAAUCCUAGCUCAGAUGAUGAGCGCCCAGCCAAGGUGCGCCGCAUCUCUCGUGCCUGCCUACAGAGCUUCAAGCGCAGUAAAGUCAAUCGUAUUGGUAUCGAGCAAGCAGAAGCUGAGAUAUUCAACAGAGUCAACCAUCAUGAAGCCCGAAUUCGCGAACUAGAAAGAGCUUCUUUGCUAGGCGAGCCGAGUUUGCCAGACAACGUGAAGAAUGGAAAUACCAAAGCAGAAAAGAACAGCCUGAUCCCCGAGAGCCCCCAACAAUCAAUCUCACCAAGCCAAACUAGCGCGUCUCGCACUCCUGGAUCAGCAGUUGAUGGCAUUGACUUGGGCGCACCCAUUGCCACGCUUCGAUCACUAGGCGCGCUGGCAACAGACGAAUCAAAAACGGAAUAUGAGCCGACUUCGUUUGCGAAGCCAAUAUUUGCAAAUACCUUUGACCCCAUAUCUCAGGGUCUGCUUUCAGUGCACGAGUCGCAGCGUGCGAUCGAUAUAUUCUUCCAACACUGUCAUCCUUCAGCCCCUGUGCUUGACGAGGACAUUUGUUACUCGUGGCAUGAUCUGGGUCGCCACUCCCCGACCUUGAUUUUGGCGAUAUGCUCGGUUGGAACCCGAUUUUGGAAUAAUGGCAUUCGACAAAGAGCCUCAAGGGAUGCUGUUCAUCCAAGCUUCAACAAACUCACAAGUUUGCUCGAUAAGGCAGUCUCCAGGCUGCUUCUCCGGCCUACCCCGUCAGAUGUGACCUUGGAUUCCAUCAGGGUGCUUCUUCUCUAUGCUCAGUGGAUGCCUUCCACUCGGGAGGAUGGAGAUGAGCUUGACAGUGGCGAGAAUUUGUCUCGCCCGCCCAGUAGUCGAUAUAACGAGAUCAGUGCCUGGGCUGUCCUGGGGCUAGCGUUACGAUAUGCCACUCUGUUGGGUCUCGAGCGGUCUGCUAUAGCACCAUUUCGAGAGCACUCCAAGGAUCCUUCCAAAUAUGACGUUAGCCGGCUCCGAGUAUGGUACAACCUGCUUACCUGCAACUUCAAUUUAAUGCUCACCUCGGGUCUUCCUGCGUCGGUGGAUCCGGCUUUGUCGGUACAGGUAGCCCGGACCUUCAGCUCACACAGCAAGACGCAGUACCCAGGGGACAUUCGGGUGACAGCACUUGUAGAGCUCGUGGGGUUUGUUUAUCGAGCGAUGUGCAGCUGUGGCGAUAUUUCGGGGCGUCGUUUGCAGGCACAUAGUCUCCAGAACUUGAACAAGGAAUUGGAUUCAUGGGAGAGCGCCUCUCUUGCGCCCUUACUCUCUGCCGCAUCACAACCGCCGGCAGACUCAAUACAGGCAACGCCCCAUCAGCCACUCGAAAUUAGUCUGACAGCGGCUGCACAAAUGAUACUUUCCUUAUCAGCCUACGGGGCAGACUUUGUCUGGCGACUGGAUUCACAGAUUUCCUCGAGCUUCCCGGACGGCCCUUUCCAUGCCGAUCCGGGAUCUAUCGGCCGACUUUACUAUGCGGUGGACUCGACCUGGAUUUCAUAUACAUUUGCAGCGACAUUCUUAAUAUGCCCCAAAACCGAAAGCCUCCACACAAGUACCACGCGCCUUGCCCCAUCGUCCAGUGCUAUUUUGGCCAGACUCCUCAAUCUUGUGCUCAAAAUAUUUGAUGGUGUCUGUCCGACCGCGGCUUUCCAUUUCGCUCGUGACUUUCAAGGCAUUGUUCGCUACGCCACUUCUCUUGUCAUUGCCUCUGACCACGACAAUACCCAAACUACCGAAGAAGAAAACGAUUUGGCAUUCCAGUCUCUUCUGGAAUUCAUGAAUGAUUCCGGCGUGGACUGGGCAGGAAGCCUUCUCGGCGAAACAGGCGACUUCACCGACUGGAACAUGAACGGAAUGCUUGCCGGGUAA